GUAAGAGAGAGUUAGUUUCAAGACGAAACUAAUAAUUUAAAACAAUGGCCCAACGAAAUACACUCUAGAGGGCUUGAGGACCUUCGUAGAAACACGGGACUUCCAACUCUUGCGGUUAUACUUAGUUUCCAGGCUGUUAGAAUGGAAUUCAGUCGCAAAUUCAGCCGCUUGUGUUUGUUCCACAUCCUCCCGUACUGGAAAACGAUUUUCGUUGUAUUGACGCCCAUCCUGCUUCUGCCAGUUCCUCUAAUCGGGACUCAGGAAGCUUUAACUGGAUAUGUAGUUCUCAUAAUGGCGGUUUAUUGGAUGACUGAGGCACUUCCUUUGCCUGUCACUUCGUUACUACCCAUUAUCGCCUUCCCGCUACUAGGCAUCAUGAAUACAGGUCAGGUUUGCGUGAAUUAUUUCUCGGAGACUGUGGUGAUGUUUAUCGGAGGACUGAUGGUUGGUCUCGCUGUCGAAUACUCAAAUUUGCACAAGCGGAUCGCCCUUAGAGUUUUGAUGUUAGUGGGAACCGAUCCAAAAUGGCUGAUGAUGGGCUUCAUGUGCGUGACGAUGAUUUUAUCUAUGUUCGUGUCUAACGCGGGAGCUUGCGCUAUGAUUUGUCCAAUAGUCGAAGCCUUGGUUCAAGAACUGUUUCAAAAGAAUUCUAGUGACUGCGAAAAGGGUGACAAUGUUCAACUUACGGCUGAAGCAAAUGAAAUCGACCGCGAAUAUACCGAAGACGAAGAAGCCGGCAAAGUGCGACGAGUUCGUGUCACUCUUUUACUUUCGAUUGCUUAUUCGGCUAAUAUUGGGGGCACUGGGACGCUGAUAGGCUCCACCCCUCAGCUAGCCUUGAAGGGAAUCGUUGAAGAGUUAUAUGGGGAAGAUAACGACCUAUCGUUCUCUUCGUGGAUGGUAGUCCUGAUGCCGGCCGUACUGAUAAGCACUUUUCUAACUUGGGUUUGGCUGCAAUACCUUCUCUCCGGCUUUCAAUGCCAGAAAACAAUUGAAAAUGGAGAUGGGAGCCAAAACAGCCGAGUGAAAAAUCUCAUCCGGACAAAAUAUCGUGAAUUGGGCCCAACUAGCUUCAACGAAAAAGCUCUCCUUAUCCUUUUCCCCAUUUUGGUUAUGCUUUGGAUGUUUCGUGAUCCCAAAUUCAUCGCCGGAUGGGGCUCGCUUUUCUCAAAGAAAGUUGGAGAUUCUGUACCAGUUUUACUGGUCAUUUUGAUCUUGUACAUUCUUCCUAUACGACCGGAUUUCUGGUGUUUCAGAAGGACUGGCACUGAAAACGAAAAACCCAAAGCGAAUGCCGCCAUGCUCACAUGGGAGUUCAUGCACGCGAAGUUACCUUGGGGAUUAGUUCUUUUACUUGGAAGUGGCUUUGCUCUGUCGGAUGCCUCUAAAACAUCGGGUCUGUCGAAAUGGCUUGGACUUCAAUUAUCAGCUCUAGAAGUUUUACCUCCUUUUUCUAUACUAAUUAUUUGCUGUAUGCUUACUACUUGGAUGACUGAGAUUGUGAGUAAUACAGCAACAGCCAACAUUGUUCUUCCAAUAUUGGCACAAAUGGCAGAGACUAUUCGUGUCAAUCCACUCUACUUGAUGAUUCCAGCAGCUGCUACAUGUUGUUAUACCUUCAUCCUUCCAGUUGGCACACCUGCAAACGCCAUUGUCUAUAACAGUGCCAAAAUGAAACCAUUAGACAUGAUGAAAGCUGGGGUCGUGACUAAACUUAUGGCUGUUCUGAUCGUUUGUGUUGUAAUGGAAACUAUUGGCAGAGGAAUUUUUCCUGUGCAUACCGAGUCUCCCUUAAUAAUGAACGAAACUUCACUAAGCCUCCCGACGACGUUUACAACGCCGGCCUUGCCAUAGUUACAUCAAAGACAAUUAUUUGUUACACACACAACGAAUCUACCGAUUUAUACUUAUAUCAAAUGACUGUUCACCAUUUUCUUAACAUUCGAAAUAAAAGAUAUUUUGGUAUGUAUUAUCGGCACCAGGUGGCUGUUGUGUAUACAAACACCAUUGUCGGCAUUAAUUGACGGAUGAAUUCGAAUAAGUUCGAUUCAACAUAAUUUUUUGUCACGGACAAAAUGACGAGUUACUUCCAACUAGCGAGCCACGAGGAAAGAGAGAAAAAGGUACGGUUGAUUAGAAUACUUAAUGCCACCGAAUAUUUAGGGUUUUACCUAUCCUACAGAUUGACGAACUUAAAUUGCUGGAGCAAGAGCUAGCAAGUUCGAAGAAAAAUGCGGUCUGUAUAUUUCAUAUUACAGAGCAUUAGAAAGCACGGAAAUAGAAACUAAAUAAUAACUAAACAUAUCAAUCUUUUCUGCAGAAAGUAUACCAAAGUCACGGGAACAGCAACAUUCUCUUCAUUGCUGAUAGAGACAAAGUUCAUUCCGAAACAAAGUUGAGCAUAACUAAAUUCACAGAAACUCACAUGAAAUUGUAGAAGUGAAGAUAAGAAAAUCUUUAAAGGAUUGUGUAAGGUGCACUGUGAAAGACACUUGAUUGCAAAUUCCAAUAAAUUGCUUGGUUGAAAUGGAA